GCCUCCUUUCUCACGCCACACUCGGACGGGACACACAGCCUCGCGAUGGAGUCGGAAGGCAGCCAGAGUAACCUGUCCUCAUCGGACUCUCCCCACGACCCCUGCAAAAUGUUCAUCGGUGGUCUGAGUUGGCAGACUACGCAAGAGGGUUUGAAAGACUAUUUCUGCAAGUUUGGUGAAGUGAAAGAGAGCAUGGUGAUGAGAGAUCCAGUUACAAAGCGCUCGAGGGGUUUUGGAUUUGUCACAUUUGUUGACCAAGCCGGUGUGGACAAAGUUUUGGCCCAGAACAGACAUGAGCUGGACUCAAAAACUAUUGACCCGAAGGUUGCCUUCCCACGGCGAGCCCAGCCUAAGUUGGUGACUCGGACAAAGAAAAUCUUUGUUGGAGGCCUGUCAGUGAACACAACUAUUGAAGAUGUAAAACAGUACUUUGACCAGUUUGGAAAGGUGGAUGAUGCAAUGCUUAUGUUUGACAAAACAACCAACAGGCACAGAGGGUUUGGAUUUGUGACUUUUGAGAAUGAAGAUGUAGUGGAGAAAGUCUGUGAGAUACACUUCCACGAGAUCAACAGCAAGAUGGUGGAGUGUAAGAAGGCCCAACCCAAGGAAGUGAUGUCACCCACAGGCUCUUCAAGAGGUCGUGCUCGUGUCAUGCCUUACGGGAUGGAUGCCUUCAUGCUUGGCAUAGGAAUGCUAGGGUAUCCAGGGUUCCAGGCAGCAACGUAUGCCGGUCGCAGCUAUACUAGUCUUACACCAGGAUACACAUAUCAGUUUCCUGAAUUCCACUUAGAGAGGACCCCUCUCCUGACAUCACCUCACCCCCCUGAGCUCACAGCCAUUCCUCUAACGGCAUACAACCCCAUGGCAGCCGCCGUAGCAGCAGCAGCUGUGGUCAGAGGCUCCACUCCUCGCUCAGCUGGGUUUUUAGGUACCAGCAGUCCUGGGCCAAUGGCAGACCUGUAUGGAACGGCCAAUCAGGACUCAGCAGUCAGCAGCUAUAUCAGCGCUGCAAGUCCUGCACCUAGCACUGGAUUUAGCCACAGCCUUGGGGGCCCUCUGAUUGCUACGGCAUUUACUAAUGGCUACCACUGAAAUGUAAUAUGAGUAAUAGGUACAAUAAGGUUUUUUGUUCCUACGUCUUCCCUAAAUCUUAAGGAAAGAUUUUUAAAGUGUGUUCUGAUUGGUCUCAAUCAGAUAUAAUGGAUGCACUCUAUGUCCUGCAGGGUUUUAUUGUUAUAUUCUCAAGCUGUCUUUAAAUGUUUUUUUAUCAGAUGGAUCAGCCCUACGCCAGACUCAUACUGAUGUGAUGGUGGCUGUAACACUGUUAAUGUGAUGUGACAUAUUUACUGUUUUACGAAUAACUGUCUUAUCAUUCUCACAUCAACUAACCUCCUCUCUUUUUGCGUCUUUCUGAAUAUUUUUUUUCUCUUAGUUGUUUGAGGUUUUGUCUUUUUUGUGAUUACUUUAUAUACAUGCUCCUGCAGGCAUGUUGUAGGUUUGUAAAUGUAGAAAAAUCUUUCCACUCUUAUAAGAGCAAUAAUCUGUGUCUGAACUAUGGAUCUUUGUAGUGUAUUGAACUAAGACUAAAUCAGUUUCGGAUGCAUUUGGUACAUUUUUUACUGAAGAAUAUAGUGAUGUCCAAUUGUAUAUUUUGUUAGCUUUGCAACUGGUCUUAUUACAUUGAUAAUGAAAAUAGUAGUAAUUUUAACAAGAACAUAUUUCUCAGACUUAGAUUCAACCUUGUUUUGUUUUGGGGGUUUUUGUUUUGGUUUUUUUGUGUAAAAUAUUGUACAUACUGUCUUUUUGAUCUUGGUGAGAUCUGUAUUUCAUUGUGGGAUACAUCUGUCAGUGUGAUUAUGAAUGAGUUUUUUUUACACUCAAGAACAACAACACCUGAUAGUCGUUGUGUUUAAAAAGUUAUGUAUUUUUCAUGAUUUGAUGAACUUGAACUUGUUUUAUUUUGUUCGUUGUGUUUUUGUUGAAAGAAGGCAAUGUGAAUGAUGCAACUAUUGAAUGAGUGAGUGUGUGUGUGUGUGUGUGGGCGGGUUUGGGUGGUUUAUGAGGACAUUUUUAGGUUACAAACUGGUAAUUACAAGGGUAUUAUGCUAUAAAUACUAAACAAUGUUUUUUGAAAAUGUAAAAAUGCAGAACGUUUUUUGUGAGGGUUAGGUUUAGGGGUAGGGUUAGGGUUAGGGGAUAGAAUCUAUAGUUUGUACAGUAUAAAAAUCAUUAUGUCUAUGGAGAGUCCUCAUAAGGAUAACCGCACCAACGUGUGUGUGUGUGUGUGUGUGUGUGUGUGUGUGUGUUAAGUACGCAGGUUAAAAACUGGUUGCAAGAGAGUGAGUGCAUGCUGUCAUGAUUGAAUGUAUUAUCUUUAGUAAGAUGAUUUAAAAUGUGAAUUUUAACCCCCCUGUCCCUCAUGUCCAUACUUUUACAUUACUUUUACCAAGUUUAUAUUCAUAACACAGUUCCGUUCAACUCUUUUGGAGGUUUAAAGUCUUGUAAUAAUUGGAUAAUAAAUUUCCUUUAAUUAAAGAUUCACAACUGGUAAAUAUAACACUAAUAUAACAACACUGUUCAUGAAGUAAACAGGAUGACUGUUAAUAAUCAAAAGUAUUAUUGGUUCUUGUUUGAAGCCUGACCCUCUCUGAAAAAAAUGACAAUGUAAACUUGGAAAUUGUGAAGAAAAAAAUAUAUCAAAUAUCAGUGACAUUUAGGAAAUUCUACUUGACUUAAAGUUGUAUACAGUAAGUCACAGCACACCAGACGCAAUGCCUUUUUUAUUUACCUCACCUGUGGCUGCACCGCAUAAGAGACUAUACUCAAAACCACCCACACUCUUUCAUUGAUUCCCUUUUCUGAAAGCAUGCACUGACCAUCCCCACAUAUAAAUCUCUAUUCCUAAUGCAUUGGAAGUUUAAAAGAAAAUACAAUGAAACAAAAUAUUUCUAUCAGGGUGAACCAGCAUUAACUUGUUGAAGCACAUCAUAUGACUUGUGCAUUAAGUCUCCAAAUGGUGUUGCGUAGGAAAUAGCACAUGCUAGUCUUUUUCGAUACCACACAUUUUGUCUGUUCUGUCAAUAAAUUGUUUAUUCAUUUUA